AUGAAGUCCUUCGCCGCCAUCAUUCUCACCGCCCUGCUCGGCUCUGCCGUCGCUGCUCCCCUUGAGCCCCGUGUCGAUGCUCAGGAGUUUGACGUCUCCGAGUUUACCGCCGGCUGCAUCCCCCACGGAACUCUCUGCACCAUUCGAUUCAAGGUAGCCACCAACCAGAUGCCCUACGCCACCGAGUGCGGCUUCUCUGGCACGCCGCUCGGCUCCAGCUCUCUUCCCGACACCGGAUUCGCCACAUGUACCGACCCGAGCAUCAUCUGGUCGUUCCGUCGCGUCCAGACUGCUAAUGCAACCGGGUCUGCUCCCUUUUACGAGCUUGCUCUGUCCAACGCGGGUCAGAAUAUUGCUGCGGCCAAGUUCUGGCCUGCAUCGGCUUUUCCCAUCUUGCAGUCGGGCGCAUCGUUUUAUCAGCAGUAUAAUGGCGAGCAGAGGUUUGUCAUUCAUCAAUGA